GCAAAAGGAAAGUGGAAGAUUCGAACGAGAAAUUUACUGAUAAAAAAAUGAAACAAACACUUGUGCCUACCACUCCUGAAUCCAUAGCAGAGUUUCUAGAAGGACAAGAAGGUGUCAAAGAUGAUUUCACAAAGCCACAUCAACUAUGUGAAAAUGAAUUUAACUUUCAAAGAAAAGGUAGAGAUGAAACGCUACAUGGAAUAUAUGAUUAUAUUGUUGAGCAUUAUUUUAGAAUUAAGAAAGCCUUGGAUAAAGGGAAAAGUGUUGGUGGUAAAACUUAUCACCGUGUUCUCGCAAUUCAAGCCACACCAGGAGGAGGAAAAUCUUUCUUGCUUGAUGAAUUAGCUGCCUUGAAAAAUGAAGAUUUUAAUAAUUACUUGAGAAGCAAGAAUCAUCAACACCCUUUUAUUAUAGAAGACGAAGAGGACUGUUGUUAA